GAGUGAUGGACCGGAAGAGGCGGUGCGUCGCGCGUGUCAGCAACAGCAGCGCGGAAGAGCACAGUGUUGACAGUAUGGCAGCGGCUCCGGGACGCGUUGUGCCCGCGCGUUGAGAUGCUGAUCACGCUCUGCUACAUCUACCUGUGGAUGCGCUUCCAGCGGCGCUACGCCUCCGUGAUCCGCGACGCGCUGCGGGGCCUGAGCGGCGGACACCGCGGCUUCACCUUCCGCCAGCAGAGCACCAGCAGCCCGCAGAGCUCCGGGGACACACUGCUGCUGCAGCUCGGGGACCGGGGAGUGUUCAUCACCGAGCCGCAGGUGCUGAACUGGUCUGACCUGUGUCUCCCGCUGGCGUGCAGUCCAGGUCAGCCGUACCGGGCCGUAGCAGAAACCAGCCUGGAGAACUUCAGCCGCCUCGGCGUGGCUUUCAUGGAGGAUCGUCUGCGCAUGGAGAACGGGCUCAUACCUGCCAAGAUCACCUCCGUGUCCCUCAGAGAAGCAGCGCUGCAGGAGCUGAUCCAGAGUCAGCAGAGGAGACGCCUCAGUGCCCCGCAGCAGCACCCCGAGCCACAAUCCGAGCACCAGCACAUGGACGGACACCACCUGCACCUGUCCAGCUGCACCGAGUGCCUGGAGCUGGAGAACAGCACCAUCCUGUCAGUGCGGUGCGCCUCCGUGGAGAACAUCCCGGACCUGCCGGAGGACUGCAGCACUGAGCCGGAGCAGGAGCCGGGACCACAGUGUGCGCAUGGGAAGCCCCCCAAUGUGCUGGUGUAUACGGACGGCUGUGAGCAGCAGUUCCAGAAGAUCCGCUCGCUGCUGGCGGAGUGUGUGGACACUGAGCGCUACACCGUGUACCACCUGCAGCCGCAGCAGGCGCUGAGCGAGCCUUGGCUGGAGAACACCCUGCUGCUGGUGCUGGCCCCCGAACACCCAGUCCCGCUCCCGCCGCCGCUGCAGCUGCGCUUCCUGUCCUACCUGAGCCAGGGCGGGCGUCUGCUGGGGCUGUGCUGCUCCCUGUGCCCCGCCGGCCUCACCCUGCGGCCUCGGGCCCCACCGCACCCGCAGCUCUGCACGCUGAGCUUCACCCGGGCGGACAGCAGCCAGCUGCGGCUCAGCGUGGUGUCCAGCGGGAGCGUGUUCGAGCGGGAUGGAGGUGGCGGCGGGCAGGUGGAGCUGUGGGGGCAGAUCAGCGGGCAGGAGAUGGCCAUCGUCAGGGUCACACACGGGCCCGACAGCGGAGAGGCCAUUCUCUGUCAGGUGCGUCUGGACUCUGCUCCAGCUCCUCAUCACCUGUCGGGCACCCAGAGCUGCUCUGAGCUGGAGACGAGCGACGCCCUGCGCUACCAGGUGCUGACGGAGAUCCUGACCUCUCUGGGACUGAGCUGUGGGCGGAGCCAGGUGCUGCCGCACACCCCCAUACACCUGCUGACCACACACCCGGAGCUGAAGGCCAGUUUCGUGCGCUGGCUGCGUGCUCAGGUGUGUGUGUCCGGGGGUGUUGUGCGUCUGCCGGAGUGUGUGUUGAAGGUGUGCUGGUCAGCGCAGGAGUGUGUGGAGGUGUGUGACGGAGAGCUGGUCUUACACACUGACCCGCCCGCGUGUUUCUCUGAGCUCUUCAGCCUGCAGACAUACACACACCACCUGCAGACGCAGCGGCUCGGGCGCACCGUCCUCUACACUGACGUCACAUCCUCCACCAUGGACCUGCUGGACGGGUAGGGGAGGCGUGUGUGUGUGUGUG